AUGGCGCAGCGUGCGAUGUGCUUGCUUCGGCGCUCCAUUGGGUUUACAGCGCUGCCAGCACAGAGAGCCCUGAGUACCACUGCCACACCGGCGGCGGAGGGUGCGGUGGUGGCCGAGGCUACGGUGAAGGAGGCGAAGAGGAGGAAGAAGAAGAAUCUGUUCGAUGUGGUGCAGUUCCUGCCAGAGUGGGGCAUCGGAUACAAGGUUGCCAAGACCACCUGGCGCGACGUCUCCUAUCAGAUCACCAAGAUCAACCUGUACAAGGAUGGUCGGCAUGGAAAGGCGUGGGGGGUUCGGUACAAAGCAGGUGUGCAAGCUGCAGACGCCCCAACUAGGAUCAGCGGGGUUAACAAACGUGGGUGGAAGUACAUAAAAGAAUCACAGAAGAAACUACAAGAUGCUCCCAAAGUAGACGUAGCUGUUGCUGUCUAG